CGCCGCCGCGCCGCUCCGCCGGCGGGGCUGGAGGAGGCGCUUUGUUCCUCCCCGGGCUCCCGCUGCCGCCGCCGCCACCGCCGCGCUCCGGGCUCGAGCCGUGCGGGAGUGAUUUCGGGAAGAGGGUGAGGAGGGAGCCGGCGGGACCGUCCUGGGCACAGGCAGGUGGAGGAUGAACGGCGAAGCCGAGUGCCCUGCAGACCUGGAAAUGACAGCUCCCAAAAACCAAGACCGCUGGUCGCAGGAGGACAUGCUGACCCUCCUGGAGUGCAUGAAGAAUAACCUGCCCUCCAACGACGGGAGCAAGUUCAAAACCACCGAGUCCCACCUGGACUGGGAAAAAGUGGCUUUCAAGGACUUCUCAGGGGAGAUGUGCAAGAUGAAGUGGAUGGAGAUCUCUAAUGAGGUGAGGAAAUUCCGGACCCUCACAGAGCUCAUUAUGGACGCUGAAGAGCACGUGAAGAAUCCUUACAAAGGCAAAAAGCUCAAGAAACACCCUGACUUCCCCAAGAAGCCCCUGACUCCCUAUUUCCGCUUCUUCAUGGAGAAGCGAGCCAAAUACGCCAAGCUUCACCCCGAAAUGAGCAACCUGGAUCUCACCAAGAUCCUGUCCAAAAAAUACAAGGAGCUUCCCGAGAAGAAAAAGAUGAAAUACAUCCAGGACUUCCAGCGAGAGAAGCAGGAGUUUGAGAGGAACUUGGCGAGGUUCAGGGAAGACCACCCGGAUCUCAUCCAGAACGCCAAGAAAUCCGACGUCCCCGAAAAGCCCAAGACCCCCCAGCAGUUGUGGUACAACCACGAGAAGAAGAUCUACUUGAAAGUGCGUCCAGAUGCCACCACGAAGGAGGUGAAAGAGUCGCUGGGCAAGCAGUGGUCUCAACUCUCGGAUAAAAAGAGGCUGAAAUGGAUUCAUAAGGCCCUGGAACAGCGGAAGGAGUACGAGGAGAUCAUGCGGGAUUACAUCCAGAAGCACCCGGAGCUGAACAUCAGCGAGGAGGGAAUCACCCGCUCCACCCUCACCAAGGCCGAGCGGCAGCUCAAGGACAAGUUCGACGGACGACCCACGAAGCCACCCCCGAAUAGCUACUCCCUGUACUGUGCAGAGCUGAUGGCCAACAUGAAAGACGUGCCCAGCACAGAGCGGAUGGUGCUGUGCAGCCAGCAGUGGAAGCUGCUCUCUCAGAAGGAAAAAGACGCCUACCACAAAAAGUGUGACCAGAAAAAGAAAGAUUACGAGAUCGAGCUGCUCCGCUUCCUGGAGAGCCUGCCCGAGGAGGAGCAGCAGCGGGUGCUGGGCGAGGAGAAGAUGUUGGGCAGCAACCGGAAAGGGGCGACGAGUCCCGCAUCCAAAAAGUCCUCACCAGAGACCGGCAAGGCCAGCUCAGAGAAGCCCAAGCGGCCCAUCUCAGCCAUGUUCAUCUUCUCGGAGGAGAAGCGGAAGCAGCUGCAGGAGGAGCGGCCGGAGCUGUCGGAGAGCGAGCUGACCCGGCUCCUGGCCCGCAUGUGGAACGACCUCUCCGAGAAGAAGAAGGCCAAGUACAAGGCGCGGGAGGCGGCGAUGAAGGCGCAGUCGGAGAAGAAGCACGGCUCAGAUAAAGAGGAGCGCGGCAAGCUGCCCGAGUCUCCCAAAACUGCUGAGGAGAUCUGGCAACAGAGCGUCAUCGGGGACUACCUGGCUCGUUUCAAGAACGACCGGGGCAAAGCGCUGAAGGCCAUGGAGGCCACUUGGAACAACAUGGAGAAGAAAGAGAAGCUGAUGUGGAUCAAGAAGGCGGCGGAGGAUCAGAAGCGAUACGAGAGGGAGCUGAGCGAGAUGCGGGCCCCUCCGUGCUCCACCAACUCCACCAAGAAAAUGAAAUUCCAGGGAGAGCCGAAGAAACCCCCAAUGAACGGUUACCAGAAGUUCUCCCAGGAGCUCCUGUCCAACGGGGAGCUGAACCACCUCCCGCUGAAGGAGCGGAUGGUGGAGAUCGGCAGCCGCUGGCAGCGCAUCUCCCAGGGCCAGAAGGACCACUACAAAAAACUGGCAGAGGAGCAGCAGAAGCAGUACAAGGUGCACCUCGACAUCUGGCUCAAGAGCCUCUCGCCCCAGGAGCGGGCUGCCUACAAGGAACACAUUUCCAACAAACGCAAGAGCAUAGGGAAGAUCCGGGGUCCCAACCCCAAGAUGAAGCCAACGAUGCAGUCCAAGUCGGAGUCAGAGGACGACGACGAGGAGGAAGAGGAGGAGGAAGAUGACGAUGAAGAUGAGGAUGAUGAUGAUGACAACGGUGACUCGUCAGAGGAAGGCGGCGACUCCUCGGAGUCCAGCAGCGAGGAGGAGAGCGAGGACGGGGACGAGUGUGAAUGCCGAGUAAGUCACCAGAGUCAAAGCUUUACACCGGUGCAACUGAAAUCAGCCUAUGCUGGAUGGCGCUGGGGCCAGAAACCGUGUCCGUGCCUUGUGCUCGCCACCGGACAGAACGACGAGGACGAUGAGGAUGAGGAUGAUGAGGACGAGGAUGACAACGACUCAGAGGGCAGCAGCAGUUCCUCCUCCUCCUCGGGGGACUCCUCCGACUCCGACUCCAACUGAUCGGCCAAGCUCUUUGUAAUGUCGUUUGGUUUCUCGGUUUCGGUCCCAAAUCCCCCCUGCAGCCCCUCCAAAUCCUUCCUCCUCUUCCUCCUGCCCCCCUGUGGGACCCCUGGAGCGGGGGCUGGGGGCACCCCUCCGCCGAGCUCACACUACGGAGGGGGAUCAGGGGCUGCUUCCCCCCGUCUGGGGGGCGAGGAGAGAGCCCCCCACCCCUGCCCCCCGCUUUACUCCCGAGGGGAAGCGAUUUUUUUUUUGGAAUUUCAUUCUUUCCAGGGGGGUGUCUCUCCAUCCCUACCCCCAUAACCCCCUCGCUACCAGCUCUGGACUUUCUAGAAAGAGAAGAAAAACACACA